CCUCGCCGGCUUGCAGAGCCGGCCGGUUCAUUCGCCGCUUUCCUUCGUGCUCGGCCCUUCCACUGCCGCAAAGAAGCGCAACCCUCGACUAACCGGUGAGCAGCCGCGGCAAAGGCUGAGCUAUUGGGAAGAGGGUUGAACCAAGACCUUCUUGCGCUUCUCUGCCUUUAGUGAGGAGCCGUAUGGUGUCCGCGUUCAGCCUCGGGGCAUCUGGGCAAAGUCCAGUUCCAGAACGGGUGUCGCUGGCCACGUGCAGGUUCUUCUUCAUACGUUCCCUCUCAACCUCAGACUUGGCACCAGAACAGCCAUGCUUGCUCGUGGCAGGCAACUUUUCACUGGACUUUCUGUCUACUGGAAGCCUCUCUUCAAAGGCCGCCUCCUGUUGGUAACCAACACUGUCAGCUGUGGGGGGCUUCUAGCAGCAGGAGACACACUUCGCCAAUCUUGGGAGAUGAGGCAGGACCCUAAACGGAAAUGGGAUCGUACCCGGACAGCACGAAUGUUCACCAUUGGCUGCAGCAUGGGCCCAAUGAUGCACUACUGGUACCUGUGGCUUGACCGGGCCUUCCCUGCUGCUGGGUUCAGCGGCAUCAGGACUGUCCUGAAAAAAGUUUUAAUUGAUCAGAUUGUUGCCUCUCCAGUCUUUGGGGUUUGGUAUUUCAUAGGGAUUGGAUCUUUAGAAGGACAAACUCUGGAGCAAAGCUGGCAUGAAUUGGAAGACAACUUUUGGGAAUUCUACAAGAUGGACUGGUGUGUGUGGCCACCAACCCAACUGAUCAAUUUCCUUUUUGUGUCACCCAAGUACCGAGUGAUCUACAUGAAUGUCAUCACUCUUGGAUGGGAUACUUACCUAUCAUACCUCAAGCAUCGUAAUAAAGAGCCAUCGCUUAGCCUGGAUGAAGAUUCUAAACCUUGCACCACUGAGAUCCAAACUACUGGAUGAAAAGUGUCAAUAACCAAACUACUUUGUUUUUUAAAACUAGAAGUAAUCUGGCAUCUUUUUUGAGAAAUACUAUUUGAAUUGUGCUACACAGGAACUGGUGCCUGAUAUACCAUGUUUUCUGCAAGCAAUUCUGAUUUUCCUUGUCAAAAACUCUGUAACGAGAGCAAGACUGAAGGCUCAGAGCACUUUUCCUUUGGCAAAGUUGGUAUGGGUUGAAGCAGCUUCAGCAGCCAGCAGAAGUGCUGUCCCUCGUAAUUUGUCGUUAAAAGUGCCAAAUUAUUGAUUUUUCUAAUGUAUUUAUUUAUUAACUUAAUUUUGUACCACCCCAAUCUCAUGAUUCUGGAUGGUGUUCAAGAAUUUCAACAGCAAUCUUAAAAUCAAUCAUGUCAAUAAAAACAGUUACGGACAAAGAAAAUAUGGCCAUCUUCCUUCUCCACUAAGCCUCAAAGGAAGCUGGAAAGGGAAAGUUUUCCAGAGGUUUCUAAAAGCCAACAGUGAAGAUGUCAAGUGUAUUUCCAGGGGUGGUGUAUUCCAGAGGUGUGGCCAUACCUGAGAACUGUUGAUGGUCUCCAGAUGGUUUGAAUUAGCAACUGAGUUCCUUCUUUGGAGGAUGAAUGCAUCUGUUUUGGAAGGAAUAACUAUUUAGGCAACAGGAGAGUCAGACAUGCUAAGAAAGUGCUGUGGUGCAAGAAAAAUAAAAGGAAAUUCAUCUUA